UCAAUCGGAAACCCACCUUCACCAAGGAACCCAGCUAACCCAGAAACCAUUUACGGUUUUUAUUAUUGCAAUUCAAAUUCAGUGAUACUUUAGGAACUGAUAUCAUGUCAUGGCAAAGGUUUUCUAGUGGAAUCACCCUCAAUAAUUUGAAAAAUCUCGGGCGCUCCUCUCAUGAAUCCAGGUUUGUUCCUACUGUUUUAUGUCCAAAAUAUUACUUGCUCAAAGCUCAACUGAGUCCAGGCAAUGUUCUCACCAUGAUGCUUGGAGUCUAAUGCCAAGACAUGAAUUUAGCAUUGGAUCAUCUAAUAAGUCUUUUGGUUUCUGUCCUUUUUUCCAUCAGUACAUUUGGAGAUCUCCUUCUUUGCUAGGCAUUCAAUGGCAUUUUUCUUCUGAUGGAACAGGAAUCAAGAAAGAAGCUCUUAUACCUAACAGCACUGAUUUUAGUGAUGGUUGGACUUACUUAUGCAUCUGUCCCUUUGUGCUGGAGAUUCUGCCAAUCUACUGGGUAUGGAGGUAUCAUCCAACGUCAUGAGACUGUUGAAGAAAAGAUUGCUAGGCAUGCAAAAGAUGGAACAGUCACAACCAGGUGCACUUCUGGGCCUCAGAUGUAAGGGCUUAUUUAAAACCUUGCCUUUGGUUAUUUAGUGGUGAUUCUAUUUUGAGAUAUAGUUCUUGUAUAACUUUUGGUUUUCAACUUUUUUAGACUAUUCUGUUCGACAUGUGGCAUACCAAACUAAGUGGACUUUAUUUAUACCAGACUUUAUCUUAUAACAAAUGUUGAUUAUAUCU